AGUAAAAGUAAAACGGUUCUUCUUGGUCUAGAAAUCCGAUAUAUAAUGAUAACAGCUUCACGUGUUCCUCGUCAAAAAAGUGUCUCAGUGAGUACAAUCUUCAGGUGUCUUUUGGUUUUGAUCAAACGAUCUAUUAAAUUCUCUUAGGCAACCUUUUCAUCAUUCUCUUUACUUGUUAAUCUCACUUAAGAAAAGAGUGGAUUAAAGAGUGUUACUUCCUUUGAUAGAUCUCUAGCUAGGGUUUCAAUUAGUUUUUAUAACAAUAAGAAAGAAAUAAGAUCAAGAAUCAGAGAUGGUGAGAACCCCAUGUUGCAAAGAAGAGGGAAUAAGAAAAGGAGCCUGGACUCCUGAAGAAGAUCAAAAGCUUAUUGCUUAUCUUCAACGACAUGGUGAAGGUGGAUGGCGUACUCUCCCAGAAAAAGCUGGGUUGAAAAGAUGUGGGAAGAGUUGUAGAUUGAGAUGGGCUAAUUACCUAAGACCCGAUAUUAAGAGAGGAGAGUUUAGUCCUGAAGAAGACGACACUAUUAUCAAACUUCAUGCUCUUAAGGGUAACAAGUGGGCCGCAAUAGCAACUUAUUUGGCUGGACGAACUGACAACGAAAUUAAAAACUAUUGGAACACAAAUCUUAAAAAGCGUUUAAAGCAGAAAGGUAUCGAUCCAACCACUCACAAACCGAUCAAUUCAACCGAUCAAACCCGUAUCGGACCAAAAAAACUUAAGCUCAGUUCUUCCGGUUCAGCACGUGUUCUUAACCGCGUCGCGAGCAAAUAUGCGGUCGACUUAAACCGGGAUCUUGUAACCGGAAUCAUCAUAGGAAACUCCUCCACAACCAUCACCGACGUUUCCCAAAACUCUGAGGUUGAGAACUCGACCAUCACACUGCUCAACAAAACGUCGACAUCUUCGGGUUUCUCCGAUAACUGUUCUUUCUCUGAUGGUUUCACUGAGUUCUUUAGCAACGAAGAGAUCUCCGAUAUGUCUAUGAGUCUCGAUCAUGUUGGCCUUAUGGAAGAGUUAAAGGGAAUUCUAAGCUACGACAAUGCCGGCGCCGGAGAAAUUAAGGGUUCGCCGGAGGCUAACGUAAGUGAUGAAAUGGAGUUUCUAAUUGAUUAUUGGAACGUAGAGGACGAUCAGGAUUUAGAGAAGUUUGUUAGUUCGUUAGAUUCCAACACUGGUGGUGUCGUGAGUUAAGAGCCAAAUCAAUUACACGUUGGUUUUCUCUUUUGAUCGAUAUAUGUGAACUGUGAUGGACUGGUGUAUCGCCAAGUGGCGGGAGUAAUGAGCAGUUGUAAUAAGUUAAUAAUGAAAUAAUUAUUUC